CCAACAUCCCCAUUGGAUCACUAUCGUCUCUAUGCAAGUCGCUCUUCUGAGACGCCUUGUGACUGCUGACAAGAAGAUGCUUUCGAGAGGCCCCUCCGGUGAAUGGCGGCCGGUGUACCGCGAUACCACAUUACCGAACAAGUUCUCCUGCGAUGCAUCGCGGGCCCACGACCGUCAACUGACCAGAACCCUGCGCCACAUUCAUUUGUCGCACCACUUCUCAGCCCUUCGUGGUCAUAGUAGGCUUCGCCCAAGCUUCGUGAACCCUUGUCCAGGAACGCACGUUCUACCAGUGAGUUUGAAUUUGGGUGUCUAUGCGUUCCCGGCGUAGGAAGUGUCAGAGUGACAUGAGGGGCAGAUCGAAGAAGCAGAA